UCCAGUUUCCCAUUCACUGAUUGGUCAAACAUCACUUAACCUGUCGCAGGGGGAAUUACGGGCACUUCCGGUUGGGUCACGGUACACGUCAUGACUGUCUGCUCCACGUCAACUUUGGCGAGUUCUGCAGAAAAUUUGAUAAACUACAUUUGAAAUUCACCGAGCUUGCAGCUGGACUGAAAGCCCGUUCCCGCAGACAACCCAAGAGAAUCUCCUGCUGGACAGUCGUAGUGAAAAGAACUACAAUUAGUUAUAUAUCUUUCUUUGUUUUUGUGAUUUUGUAACCGUCCAAGAUGAAAAACUCGCUGAUUGUGUGCAUGUACCUGGCGCUGUUGAUCGCCGUAACUCUGGCCAAGCCCGCCGACAAGGGCAGGGUGAAAGAAGAGGUGAAGCUGAGCGACGAAGAACAUUUUGAAGGAAACGAACACAAUCCUGAGUAUGACCAUGAUGCUUUCCUAGGGCACGAAGACGCAAAGACAUUCGAUAAUCUCAGCCCAGAAGAGAGCAGAGAAAGGCUCGGGAAAAUCGUUGAGAAGAUCGAUGCUGACAAGGAUGGGUUUGUCACAGAAGAAGAAUUGAAAGACUGGAUUCUGUUACAACAGAGGCAAGCCAUCGACAGGGAUGUCGUGGAGCGCUGGGCUACUGUGGACUCGAAUAAGGACCAAAAGGUUGAGUGGAUCGAGUUCAUGAGGGGAACCUAUGGAGCUGAUGAACAACAACUAGAGGAGGAACUCUCCCGGAUGCAAGAGAACCAGCACAUGGACUUCAGCACCAUGAUCCGCCGCGACAAGAAGCGCUGGAAGGUCGCCGACAUGGACAACGACGGUGACCUGACCUACGAGGAGUUCGUCGGCUUCCUCCACCCCGAGGAGAAAGGUCACAUGAGGGAGAUUGUCGUCGAGGAGACCAUGGAGGAUAUCGAUCAGAACGGAGACGGCUUUGUGGACAUUGAUGAGUACAUUGGCGACAUGUGGCCCAAGAGUGAGCGCGAGAAGGGCGGUGCCGAGCCGGACUGGGUGCAGACCGAACGGGAACAGUUCUUUGCCUUCCGCGACAGGGACGGCGAUCGCAAGAUGGACCGGGAGGAGAUCGGACAGUGGAUCCUGCCCGAAGACUACGACCACGCACAGGCAGAGGCUCAGCAUUUAUUAAUGGAAUCAGAUACUGAUAAUGACAAGAAGUUGACCAAAGCUGAAAUCCUGGACAAAUACGACCUCUUCGUUGGCAGCCAGGCGACUGACUUCGGCGAAGCCCUGACUAGACAUGACGAGUUUUAAUGCUCUUUUAAUCUUGCCUUUCAAGACGUAUCUAUGCAUGUCAGAAAACAAUGAAAGAACCCAGAGGUAAUACUCCUCUUUCCUCAAAGGCUACACGUACGCCCCUCUGCCAGUAACGCCCAGGGAAUGGAAUCGAUUGUGGCGCUAGGAUUGGACUGUUGGUAAAAGGUAUUAAGUGACAUUUAACAAAAAUUGUGCUCAUCAUUCGUUCUAAGGAACAGCUAUGAUGGAUGACCCAUCUCUUCAUAUUUCGUGACUUACACCCUUCUGCUUGUGACUACCAUCAAAGGCAUUGUGAGUUGUUACACCAUUUACACAUUGCAGACAUAAGGGAGCAAGUGGAACAUGCUUGGUUUUCAUUUGUUCCCUACUGAAGAUAACAAUUUUGUUUAAAUCAUGGAAAGAAAAUUGUGCAACACCUCCACUCUCGUGCCAGGAGACAUCCAUAUUUUGUAUUAAUUGGAGAGAAAUGCGAGAUAAUGAAAUUCUACUUAAAUAAAAUCAACAAAUUGGCAACAUCGUGGAAACAUCAUGUGACCCAAUCCUCACUUCAACCAGCAUUUACUUUCAUAGCACUGCUGCCUGUGAACAACAACAUGUAGUAUAUAUAUUCAAUUUUUUAAAGGUAUAUUCCUAGAAGUUGAUGGGCUGUAAAGGGUUAAGGUUUACUGAGUUUUUCGCUGUCUGAAGUGAAUGAUGUGUACUGGUAAGAAACUAUAAAAGCUGCAGUUCCUGUUGCUAUGUGUGAAUCAGGUUCUUUAAAAAGGUAGACAGCAUCACAGAACAUUGUACCAACUUGUGUUUGCCUUACUUAUAUGAAUAGAGAUAUUGAGGAGGAGCGAUUAUCUUUGGAUUCUUUCGAGUAGUUUAUAAUCAUGUAGAUAAUACAGAUGUGUAUUUUUUAGAAAAUUAACUAAUUAUAGAAAUGUAAUUGUGUGUCAUCUCAUCAAAUUUGUGCUUUUGUAAUAGAGAUUAACUCAUAGUAAAUAAUAUGUGUAAUUUUCAAGAAAAAAUCAUUGUAUUAACACAGUAGCUCUUUGUGAGUCUUUGUAAUGAUGAUUACUUUUAUCAAGAACUUAGUGCUUUUUAUAACACUAUUGGAUAAAACGUUUAAUUGUAGAACAUAUCAGGAUGAUAAUUUCCAUCUUCAAAGAUAAUCAUGCGUACCAUAAUUGAGCAAUUAUGAAGUACAUUGGGUGUGUUUUUUCUUUCAAUUGUUGCUUGCAAAUGGUGUUUGAAUCAAGGAUUUGUAAUGGCUCAUUGGUCGAAACAUUUGUCUUGUAACUGGGAGGUCCUUGGUUCAAUGCCAAGUUGAUAUAAUAAUACUCAUGCCUUUGCUAAGGCAGACAACCGCAAAUAUAAAGUCCAUUUGAUAACACCGGAAGAUAUAGUCUACUAGUUGCUUUUCUGCAAGCAGAUUUUGGCUUUCUUAUCAGUCAGAUCAAGUGAAAUAUAAACAUGAAAAUCAACAUCAGCAAGAUUUUUUUUAGAAAUCUCUUGAUAGCUGCAUUAA